ACCCGUUCGGCUCAGUCAGUCCCUUACGAGACGCGCAUUCGGGCGGUUGACCUGCGCGUGCCUCUUCGAGAGUCGCAGUGGCCACAUGGUCUGUGAACAGCUAAGCUAAGGUUUAAAUUUCAGUUCGAUUGAUUGGUGCACACGUUAUCGAUUUGUUGGACGACGUGAUACAAUAAAAUAUUAAAUAUACUCGUGUAGAUAUCAGCACCCGCUGUGAAGGAGACAUUAGGUGUGAUUUUUUUGGCUGAACUAUUAUUUAACAUGGAGGUGCUGCUGCUGCUGCCUUCGUGACUGCUUUAACUGUUGGCUUGUUAACAAUGCAAAACCUUUGAAAUAUGAAUAGCUCCUCAAGUGGAAAGUGAUGCAUCAGUCGCCAAACCUAACUGCCAAUGUUUGUCUAGUGCGGGGAGUGAGUAACUUACGUCUUUCGAGGCGAGUGUCUUGGGUGUAGAAUUCAUCGCCGAAACGAGUAGGAAGAACACUCGGCCUCAUCCAACCUUGAAGUUCUGCGAGGUCCGGCUUGCGAAAGGCUUUGGGAAAUCCGCAUGUGAACGGUGAGAAGAGCGGUAAUUGGCUCCGGUAAAAAGUGGAAGACGCUUCGAGGCAGAGUACGUGAGCAAACAUUUUACCAUUCCCUUGUCGAUGGAGAUGAUUUAGUGAGUUGUGAACAGCUGAUCUGCUACUCAUCAACCUGCAUCAGAGACGUUUUUUGGGGGUCACCAACGCGUCUCUCAGCUGCUGCUGCUGACCUAGAUUCAGUGACGAGGCAUAAAGUUCGUUGAGUUUUGGGUGUUUUAGAUCUAGGUCAAAAUGGUCAUUCGUCAGAACAUCCAGGACAAAUCGUUCAUCGAGAGCAAUGUAGCCGCCAAGAGGUUCUCCCCGUUGACUAGACAGGUUAUCGCAGCUACGGGGCCGAUCAUUGCGAGUGCGGCGGCUGGAAUGACCAACGGAUUUUCGGCGAUUUUGCUACCGCAGCUACAAAGUCCAGGCAGUAACAUUCAGAUUACGAAUGAACAAUCAUCAUGGAUUGCGUCCAUGGCACCGCUUCCGAUGGCAGCUGGCUGCCUGUUAGGUGGAUUCUUGAUGGAGAAGUUCGGGCGCAAAGUUACGCAUCUCAUUUUGAGCAUCUCGUUUGCCGUUGGAUUCUGCGUGUUAUCAGUGGCCCUAUCUUAUGAUAUGAUAUUAGUGGGAAGAUUUAUAACCGGGUUCAGUUGCGGAUUAGUUGGGCCGCCAGCGUCUGUGUACAUAGCCGAGACUAGUCAUCCGAGAUAUCGCGGAAUAUUGCUGGCGGGUGUUACGUUUGCGGUGUCGUUCGGAAUAUUUUUGUCCCACUUGUUCGGAACUUUAUUCCACUGGAAGAUGGCUGCCUUGUAUUGUUCGUUCUUUAUGGUGGCUAGCUACGUGCUAGUUGUAUUUUGCCCGGAAAGUCCUUCUUGGUUACUUUCGAAGGGACAUGGCCGGGAAGCUGAAGCAGCUUUUAGAUGGCUCAGAGGGCAUGAUGCAGAAGCGCUGAAAGAAUUUGACGAGAUGGUAGCAAAAUACAGCGGGUCGUGCACUGCGGGGAAUUCCCAAGGCUCGAAGCUUAGUCUUAAAGAAAGUCUGCUGAAACGAGAGUUCAUUUUACCAUUAAUCACACUGCUGGUAUUUUUCUUCACUAUGCAAUUCUCUGGUGUCAACAUCGUUGCAUUCUAUUCCAUCUCCCUCAUGAAAACAACCAUCGGUAGUAAUAUCAACGAGUACUUGGCUAUGCUUAUCGUUGACCUCGUUCGGGUGAUAACUUCGUUAUUUGCGUGUGUCCUUUUGAAGAUGUUUGGACGAAGACCGUUGGCCAUGUUGAGUGGGGCCGGAACUACCAUAAGUCUGAUUGGUUUAUCAAUAUUCCUUUACUUCCAAACUAGUAUACCGGUCUACCAGAAUCUCUCCUGGAUGUCGCUGAUAUUCCUUAUUAGUUAUAUAAUUUUUAUCGGUAUUGGACUCUUCCCUCUACCGUGGUGCAUGAGUGGAGAAGUGUUUCCCAUUGCAACCAGAGGCAUAGGAACGGGAUUAACGUCGUCGUUCAAUUUCGUAUGCUUUUUCGUGGUAAUCAAAACAGGUCCUACGCUGUUCUCGACCGUCGGCACCAACGGGACGUUCAUGAUCUAUGGAAUAAUUUCGUUGAUCGGAACGCUGGUGCUGUACAUGAUUCUGCCAGAAACAAAGAAUCGCACUCUGCAGGAAAUUGAAGAUGCAUUCAAGUCGGGUUGGCGACCUACGGAGAAAACGGCAAUUGUUCAAAAUAAGGUGUGAUAUAGGGAUAAGCCAUUUUAUGAUCCAAGAUACAUGGAUAGUUUGCAUUGAAACGAAUAGCAGCAGUUGUCUGGUAGACAUUUUUGUUACCUAGGAUAAACAGGUUUGAAUAUA